UGAGGACCCGGGUGGCAAACCCCUGACGAUACCCUAAGAACGAGCGUGCUUGAACGCACGAGCCCACGAGGCGCAACGCUGUGAGCGCGAUAGCAAGCGCAAAGAGCAGGCAGAGGGUUUAGGGACCGAAGAGGGAGACGACGUUGAAGAAACGGGGCUCGGAGCAGGAUGUUGUCGAUCUUCCGCAGCAUCGAGUACAGCGACAAUCGUUAUUCACCUGGACAUGUGAAGGGACUGCUGGAUGGUCCGAUGCUGUAGUUCGUAUUACGGAUUGGGGAGUUGAAUUCUUCGUCGUCGUCGUCCGAGAGGUGGGGAGAGAUGAAGUUGGUGGCGGGGUCUUACGAGCGUUUCUUGUGGGGAUGGAAGGUGCAAGCGAACGAGAAGAAAUUGCAGCUAGCUUUUUCUUACCCUGCUCAUUUGGGCCCAGUGAAAUGCAUUGCAGCGUGCGGGUCGAUUGUGGCCACUGGCGGUUCGGAUGAUACCAUCAAGGUUUAUGACGUGGGCGCGCAGAAGGAUAUGGGAUCUCUGUAUGAACAUCAAGGGGCUGUCACAUGCUUGGAUUUUUUGAAACCGGAGGUGUCUCACCUCAACCGUCCCACUCACUUGUUCAGCGGCUCUGAGGAUGGCACGAUUUGCAUAUGGGACACCGAUUCCUGGAUUCACCUCAAGACUAUGAAGAGCCACAAAACAGCCGUGAACAGCUUGUCUGUGCACCGUUCGGGCAAAGUUGCCCUGUCCGUCGAGAAGGAUGGCCACUUGAAAAUGUGGAAUCUUCUCAAGGGUCGAUGUACCUUUACCACGAAGCAGUCCUCCGAGUCCACUUGGAUCAAGUUUGCACCCCAGUCCGGGGAAUCUUACUCCGUUGUCAAAGAGGAGAAGCUGGAAAUUUACAAUGUCGAAACCGGGAAGAUGCUGCACACUUGUGAUAAUGAGAAGCGUGUACUCUGUAUGGCCCAGAACCAGGAUGACUUGAUUUUCACCGGUGGGGAGGAUAGUAUAAUCAGGUGUUGGGACACAAGGAGCGGGCAGCUAGCCAUUACUGUGCCCAAUGCCCAUUCCAGUCGCAUUAGAGGAGUGGCGCUCUUGAACUCUCGGCAAGGUGCACUGGAGUCUGGAGAGAUCCCUCAAUUUAUUGCCUCGGCUUCCUCAGAUGGAACCGUGAGAAUCUGGGACACUCGAAUGGUUCAAGAAGCGAAUGACCCCAUGUCGCCAGAACCCAUCUUUGAGACCUCGACCAAGUCACGACUUACUUGCCUCGUUGCUUGUGGUUCAAUGAGAAAGGCUGGUUCCUUGAAUACGGUUCCUUCUAACGAGGAAGGAUCCAGAGAUGUUGGUAAAGAAGCUGCCGAUGCACAACCACUUACAAAGAAACGAGUUGCAGACGGAUCAGCUUCAUUAAAGUCUUCUAAGGGAAGUGACAAGAGUCAGAAGAAAGUACACGCGACUUCGAGUGUCAAGGUCGAAAAAGCUACCACUGGAGGACGGAAAAAGAGGAAGAGAAGUCAAAAGAAUGCCAAGUCAUAAAAUCCGCCCAUUCUGGAAGUUUCCGCGGUUGCCGGAUCGUCCUAUUGGCCGCGAUUGGAUUGAAGAAAUGCACCUGUUCCAGCACAAAAACUUCCUCAUUUUUUGAUAGAUAUGACAGCAGAGACUGUAGGAUGGAUCAGAGGAGUCAGCCUCUGACUUGGAAGUUAUGAAAGUCUUGUCAAGGCUGCUCGGAAACUGCUGGCAUCUAGAUUAGGACCUGGUUUACAUGUCAUUACCAUCAUAGAGGUCUCACUCCACACAUUUUUGACCGAUCUAUGUACCGUGCUGUAUCAACGAGUAGAAAGUGCGUUAACUUAGAUUUAGUAUGUACAAAUAUUCAGGGUUUUGUAAUGUGAUUAUUUUGAGUAAAAGGUUCCUU